GUAUUUCAGUUUGCCUGUGAUGUGAACAUUUCUCGAGAUAUAAUGAAAAUGUCAAAAACAAUUGACAAUUUACUAUCUAAAAGAAAUAGGUGCAUGAGUUCAAUUUCAGAACAAGGAAGUGGAGGAAAAUAAAAGUGAACUCUUAGUGUUAUUUGGCAACGGUCCUGAGGCCCCGAAACACUGAUUGUUUGAAGAUGGGCUUCGGUACUACAAAGGGAUCUGCUAUGUAUUUUCGUACUGACAAAAGCAAUGUGAGUUGUGAAGUGUGAAGAAAAGAAAAGAAAAGAAAAAAUGCCACUGUGCAAAAGUGGUGAGGUUCGAGAGUGCCAGAAAAAGGAAGAGAAGGUGUUUUUUAUGUCGAGGUUUAUGUUUUACUUUAAGUGGCGUUUAUGGAAUGGUUCACGCGGUCGCCAGGAAGCCAGGCAGUGUAGAUAUGAGUUCUUGAUUAUCUCGUACAUCGUCUGCGCCUUCACGCCUAUUCCCUGUGUUGCGUCUGUGAGGUCAACAGCACCACCAACACCAGCCAGGCCAGUUUCCCCUUUGCUUUCUGCGGGAUCAUUUACUUCGUCAUUUCCUAUGGCAAGUCACCCUGUUGUCCCUUCUCUCUCGUCCCCAUCACGGAAGGGAGCUCCCACUCGCGAUCAGUCUCGCUUCUCAUCACAACACCCUGUUAAAGAUACAAAUAUUCCCUCUCCAUCUACCCUUAUGAUAAUCCCCUUGACAAUGUCGCCGACACAGCGGACUCAGGGGCGGCCAUUUUCAAAAGACAUUCAACAUUUUGCUCGCACUGAGAGAGAAGAAUCUGCAACAUUGUUCCCGAUUUCCCCUUCCUCCUUUCCUUUAUCCUCUUCUGCCUCUGUGUCUUCCUUUUCUUCCCUCUCCCCUCCGUCGCCUCUGAGGUCGACGCCCGACCCCUUUAAGCUCACCCCUUCUCCUUGUCCCGGUGUGUCUUGUAAGGAGAAUAAGCUAGUGAAGGCACCGGCGGAGGAGCCCACUAAUGCGUCCACUGACGAGCCUUUGUAUUCCUUCGCGCAAGCCGGAAGCAGCUCGCGUGGGGGCGUGCAAGGGUUUCCUGUCUCGUCCUUACCUGGAAACGACACUAACAUGCUCCCUGGAAGUAAGUCACCUAGAUACGCUAAUGGCUCGGUCUUUGAUGUCCUCAAACCCCCGAUGUUCUCAGGAAAUGAGAGUUCUGACUCAUCGCCGACUUUGCUGCAGUCCUUCACGUGCGAGGACCUCGACCUCCUAGGCUACCAGUGCAGUUCCUCCAACGGCAGCGACUUCCUGCGCCAGAACACCUCCUCCGCGGCAAGCGAGGACCUCCCCCUGCUUUCGUCCAUUCGGCCAGUCGACUUCGAACUCCUGGAUGAGGAGACGCUCUUCGAACUGUGCCUCCUCCUCUACAACAGGACCGGACGGUGGGAGGUCGUCUGCCCCAGACUGACGAGAGGACGCCAAGGGGACACCCCGGGCGAGGGCCCCCGGGUGCCCCCCAGGGCCUCGCUGGCGGCGAACGAGUGGCCGCGGAUCCUGGCCUUCUCGCUCAUCUUCGUGGUGGGCGUCGUCGGCAACGUGCUGGUCGUCGUCACCCUCCUACACCACCGCAACCUCCGCACCGUCACCAACGUCUUCCUUCUCAAUCUGGCAGUUUCGGAUCUCCUUCUGGGUGUGUUCUGUAUGCCGUUCACCCUGGUGGGGACCAUCCUGCAGGACUUCGUCUUCGGGGCCAUCAUGUGCAGGCUUAUUCCCUACAUGCAAGGGCCCUUUACUGUUUUUCCCCGCGGCGUCGCUGCUUUUGUCCCCCUGAUCGUGAUGGCGGCCGCCUACCUCCGCGUCAUCAGGACGUUGUGGCUCGGCGAUGAGGGCCAACGGCGCUGCAGUGCCAGACAGCAAGGAGUGCGGACAGUGCAGGACAUCUCUAGCCUCACGUGUUGCCCGGGACGGUCGUCAGCACCAGCUAGCAGGUUCUCAGUAAGGUUCCGGAAGGUUCCGUCGCGCAUCUGGACGGGAGAGGCCCUACAGCACGGGGCCGCCGCCGGCUCGCCGUCGCCGCUGGAGCAUCAGUGUCGCGGGCACGACGGGCCGCCCCCCGCCUCCCCCGGUGCCAUGGGGGCAGCAGAAGGAAGCGCAGGGGAGGACCUGGGCACGCCUCCGGGAGGAAGGGCGCUGAAGAAGCGAUGGUGGGCCGGUGGCGGCAGCAGCGGGAGCCAGAUGGGGUCUUCUGACAGCAACGCGUGGAGGUCGCUGCGGUCCUCGCAGACGGAACGCAGCCUGCUGGCCAAGAGGAGAGUCAUCAGGAUGCUGUUCGUCCUGGUGGCGGAGUUCUUCAUCUGCUGGUCGCCGCUGUUCAUCGUGAACCUGCUGUCGCUCUACAUCCCGCGGCAGGUGUACGCAGUUCUCGGCAGUUUCGGCGUGUCGCUGGUGCAGCUGGUGGCGUACCUCUCCUCCUGCUGUAACCCCAUCACCUACUGCUUCAUGAACGCCAAAUUCCUACAGAGCUUCAAGCAGACGUUCGGCUGUGCCCACAGGCGGUCCCACUCCUUCCCGAGCGGUAACGCCAGCAGCUUCCGCAGCGUCGGAGGCUACGUGCAGACGCCACUCAAGGUGGGCGGAGACUCGCCGCUGACGACGGCGGGGCGGCGGAGGCUGGCGCUGCAGGAGAACCAGCGGUUACAGACACUGCAUGCGAGCUGCCUCCAGCGACAGCACUCGCUGCUCCACAGCCCCGCCUCCGUCAACGAGAGUGAACCCAUUGGGAAUGGGAAACUUUCCCCCAAGGUUAUUGAGACCAGUUCGUUGUAGGAUCUUGACCUUGGCAAAAGUCACCGCUUUCGCUCUCGGAAAACAGUGGCUGUUGGCUUUACCGUUUUUGUCUCACGCAAUAUCUUUAAAUUAUAAUUCUUAUAACUCUGUCAGUGUCAAGAAAAGGAAACAAUUAAAGUAAAGAUGAACUUUUUCUAUGAAACAUGUGUUAACUGGCGUUUCUCUGUGUAAUCCCUGUUGUUCAAGUGUCUGAGAUAGAGCCUAUGAUUAGUUGUAACUAUAACAUAAGCAGGUAUUGAUGUAUGUACCAGAUGUUUUUGGAAAUAUCAUAAGUAACAAAGUACAACAUGAUGUUUGCGUGUAUCCAUGAUCGUAUUUACGUAUAUGUGUG